AUGAACGAGAAGGCUAAUGUUUCGAAAGAACUUAAUGCAAAGCACAGAAAGAUUUAUUUUAGUAAAAGCUUAUUGGGGUUUAUUGGGUUUGCUUCUGUUUUAGUAGAUAUUGGAUCCUGGAAAGCCUCUUUAAAUUACCAGAGAAUAGGGAGUGCGCUGACUGCAAAAGCAAGUAGGUAUCCACAGGAGUCUAGGAGUACACAUAUCAAAGGUGGAGCAUUUUGCAAGUCUAGAGUUAGAUCUGCCACUUUAGAUACAUGGCUUCCAGAGCAGAUUUCAUUUAUCCAAUCUAUGGGGAAUGAGAGAUCAAAUAACUAUUGGGAAGCAGAGUUGCCUCCUAAUUAUGACAGAGUCGCAAUCGAGAAUUUCAUUCGGGCAAAAUACGAAGAAAAGAGAUGGGUUCCUAGGGAUGGAAAAGCUAAAUCACCUUCAAGGGUGAGUGGAGAGAAGACUCGAAGUUAUAAACCAGAACCAAGUAGUGAUGGACAUCGCCAAAUGAAUGGCACUAACCAUGUUUUUGAGGAGAGGAAAAUUGCACGUUCACCCAUUACAAAUCACAGUAGUCCUGCUUCCAGAAGUUCCACUCCAUUGCCUGUUAAAGCGUCAACUCCAGUGCCUGUUAAAGCAUUCACUCCAGUUCCUGUUAAAGCAUCCCCUGCAUUGCCUGUUAAAGCAUCUCAACAGGCAGUACAUGAUACCAAACAACAAGAACCUAUGCGGAAGUUAGAACCAGCAGUCCCAAAAGCUGAAUUGGCAAAGAAGGAAGAAACUGCAACCGAAGUUGUAACACCACCAAAAGUUGAUUAUGCAACUGAACUUUUUAAUUUGCUUUGCAUGGAUGAUUCUAGAGGGAGUGAUUCCACUAAUCCCGCUCAUGAUAAUGGAUGGGCCGGUUUCCAAACUGCCGAAGCAAAAUCAACACCAGAGAGAAAUGGUUCGUCAAACUUUAUUGAAAGCAUGACACAGCCAAACUUAACUUCACCUCCUUUGGAGAAACCCCAAAAAGAUGCGAAUAAUGAUAUCAUGAACCUCUCCGGCAAGUCCAGUAUGGUUUCUCCAUUUUCCGUCCAUCAACAACAACUUGCAAUGUUAUCCCAGCAACAACAAUUCCUCAUGGCUACUGCAGCAAGGUCUGGCGGUGGAUCCCAAACUAUUCCUGCCAAUGCACAUAGACCCAGUUCCAAUGGCAUUCACUUGCCCGCUCAGGGUUGGGGAGGCUAUGGCUAUCAAGUUCCUGGGAUGGUGAUGCCAAUCACUGAUCCACAAAACUAUAUGCAGGUUGAGCUUUUAAAUGUUUAUCCCAUGUUUUCUCGGUUUGAAAAAGCUCAAUCUCUCAUCUAUUAUUGUCUUCUUGCACCAGAUGGGAAGCAGCCAACCGAUUGGCAAAGAACUGGAUUGGUUGCCCCACUUUCCAUAGACAAGGGAUUGGAGAAGGAUCAUUUCCCUAUUUCCCUGACAUGCAGUCUUGACAUGUAUAGGCCAGGGCCAGUAGCUCCUAUGCGUGGCAUGACAAACACCAAAGCAACUAUGCCACCUCCAGCAUCCCCUGUUGCUCCAACUCAGCCUGCAGGAUAUUACGAUCUCUCAUCAUUAGCACAAGGGAUGUAUACAAAACAGUGA